GUGUUGAACAAAAGAGAUUGUUUUGCCAGCUCCAGAGAAGUGGUGCCUUUCAAGAUGCUGCAUUACUUUACAGCUGUGACUUCACUUGAAUAGAGCUGUGCUUGUUCAUCAGACAGGAAGGGAAGUGUUAGAGAUUCUAAUUAAUGUCUCCAAAGUGAAGAAGAGAAAAAAAGAAGGACCUGUGAUAAUUGCCUAUGAUAAUUCAUUUCUUGAGAAACCAUAUUAUUGGUUCCUUCCCCUCUUGUGAAAAAUCCUGUCUUUCCUGGUAACCACAUAGUACGUAAAGCACCUCAUUGUUCAAGUGGCAAUCUUGUAACCCGGAAGCCAAGGAAAGAGUUGUCUUCACAUUCAUUUGUGUGAGAAAGUCUAGAGUGGAAAUUUCAAGGUAUUUAAUAUUGGAGAAAUGGCUUUCGUUCAUUUGGAUGUGAGACACUUCUGUACCCUGCUUAUUUGCACAACGUUUGUCUCUGUGCCUUCAAAUGCUGAGAUAAAAGUUAAUCCUCCUGAGGAUUUUGAGAUAGUGGACCCUGGAUAUUUAGGUUAUCUGUCUUUGCAAUGGCAACGUCCACUGUUUCUGGAUAAUUUUAAAGACUGCCCAAUAGAAUAUGAAUUAAAAUACCGAAACAUUGGUAGCAAAUAUUGGAAGACCAUCAUUACCAAGAAUCUACAUUACAAAGAUGGGUUUGAUCUUAACAAAGGUGUUGAAGCAAAGAUACACACACUUGUGCCAGCACAAUGCACAAAUGGAUUGGAAGUUCGAAGUUCAUGGUCAGAAGCUACUUACUGGACAUCACCAAGAGGAAACGAGGAUACCAAAGUUCGGGAAAUGGACUGUGUAUAUUACAACUGGCAGCAUUUACUCUGUUCUUGGAAACCUGGCGUGAGUGCCCAUUUGGUUACCAAUUACCAAUUGUUUUACUGGUUUGAGGGCUUGAAGCAUGCAAUACAGUGCCCCAAUUACAUCAAGGCUAAUGGAAAAAAUACAGGUUGCAGGUUUCCCCAUUUGGAGUCAUCAGACUAUAAAGAUUUCUAUAUCUGUGUUAAUGGAUCAUCAGAAUCCCAUCCUAUCCAACCCAGCUAUUUUAUUUUUCAGCUUCAAAAUAUAGUUAAACCUUUGCCACCAGAGUACCUUAGUCUUACUGUGGAGAAUUCAGAGGAAGUUAACCUGAGAUGGAGCAUGCCUAAAGGACCCAUUCCAGCCAAAUGUUUUAUUUAUGAAAUUGAAUUCACCGAAGAUGACACUACCUGGGUGGUACGAACAUUGCAUUUGUUUGGAAAAAACACUACCACAGUUGAAAAUGAGAUACAAAUCACAAGAACAUCAAAUGAAAGUAAAAAAUUAUGCUUUUUGGUAAGAAGUAAAAUAAAUAUGUAUUGCUCAGAUGAUGGACUCUGGAGUGAGUGGAGUGAUGAACAAUGUUGGAAAGGUGACAAAUGGAAGGAAACCGUAGUAUUUUUCUUGAUACCAUUUGCUUUUAUCUCACUGUUUGUUUUGGUAAUAACUUGUCUGCUUUUGUAUAAUCAAAGGGCUUUACUGAAAACGAUCUUUCAUGCAAAAAAAGAAGUCUUUUCUCAUCAGGAGACAUUUUUUUGACUCAUUAACUUUCAGUCUUAUGACCAAAUGUUAAAUAUGAGUCUUAUUAAACUGAAGCUUUUCACCAAAUAUUGAAUAAAUCUUGUUUUAAAAGCA